GCCGAACGUCAGAAAUAUCAACAGAAUCCUGUCCCGGUUCAAAUGGAAGAAGACAAGGCUAUUCAGACGUUGGAGGAUCAGAGUUCUCCGCCCUCGUUUUGCCUCAGCUUCAACUGCUACUCCUCCGGGAAACUCGUCGAUGUCGCGAACAGAGUCAGGCUAGAGUUUGACAGCAGCGAUUUUCCGGAAGUUUCCUCCUCGAAAUUGCCGUUGGAGGAUGAGUUGGAUGGAGGAAAUGGCGAUGAUUUCGAGUUUGUUUCUGUUCGCGUGGAUCACGGUGCGUCGUCUUCGUUUGAAUCGUUUCCGAUCUUCAAUCGCGAUUUUUUGUCAGAUGUUGACGAGCAAAAUCAAGAUCGUGAGCGUGAAUCUCGUGAAGGUGGAGACGUCGCGUCGUCUGUGUUGAUUCCGUUGAGGAAUCUUUUUAUGGAGGACCGGGAUCCUCCGUCGUCGUCCUCAUCGGAGGAGGAUGAGGAAGAAGAAGUGAUAUCGAGAACGUACUGCUUGUGGACACCGAAGAGAGAAGUCGAAUCGUCGCCGAGCAGGUGCAAGAAGAGUAAGUCGACGAGAUCGUUCUCCAAACGGUGGCCGCGGUUGCGAGAUUUGCUACGGAGGAGCAAUAGCGACAGUAAGGACUCGUCCUUGGUGUUUUUGAAUCAUUCACAAAAUUCUGUGACGAAGAAGCAAGAAGACAAGAAAACGGAGAAGCAGGGAUCAAGCCAGGUGAAGGUGAAACAAGGGGGGAAAGCAUCGGCGCAUGAGGUUUUCUACGUGAGAAACAGGGCGUCCAAGGAAAGCGGUCGGAGGAGGUCGUAUUUGCCUUACCGGCAGGACUUGGUUGGGUUUUUUACAAAUGUCAAUGGCUUAGGCAGAACUUUCCCUCCUUUCUGAGGUAAUCUGACAAUGAGUCUAAACUAUUCAUUGGAGGAAAAGAAAAAAAUUGGUACAACACAGGAAAUACGUCCUGACAAAUAUAAAUUUUGUUGUCUCACGAAUGUUUCCUCUUUACAUUUACAUUUAUUUAUUUUUUGUAAUGGCUACAUUUUUUUUUUUUUUUGAAUAUUGGGGAAUUUGGGGAAGGGGAUAUUUUUUCAAAGUGUUGUCAGAAUCGAAUUUCACAUUAAUUACACCCAAGUACUAAAGUAUUAGGAUGAAU